AUGGCUCAAGAUCCUGCCCGUGCUGUUGUUAAUGAGGUAGCAGCUAAUGAGGCAACUGAGAAUGCACGAGCACUGCAGGACUAUAUGCUCCCUACUAUUAUGGGAAAUAAUAUAGAAGUGAAUCCUAAAGAGCAAUGCAAUGAAAUUUCUUUGAGAAGUGGAAAAAUGAUAGAUGAAUCCACACAAGGAGUGCUUUUUGAAGAAAGGGUGUCUGAAAAGAAAAAAGAAGUAAGUGGGUCAAUGGUUACUAACAACCUUGAGAAGCAUCCACAAAUAAGUAUUGGGCAUCACAUUAAGAUUCCUUAUCUGCAAAGGCUUCAAAAGAGUAAACUUGAUAAGCAGUUCUUUAAAAAAUUGGAGAAAUAUGAGACUGUUGCACUUACUAACGAGUGCAAUGCUAUAUUCCAAAGGAAGUUGCCUCCUAAAUUUAAGGAUCCAAGAAGCUUCAAUAUUCCUUGUUCAAUAGGAGAUAUGGUUUUUGAGAGAGCAUUAUGUGAUUUAGGGGAUAGAGUGAACACAAUGCCCUUAUCUAAUUUUCAAAAAAUGAAUUUGGGAGAAGCUAGGCCGACAACUGUGAUACUCCAGAUGGCAGAUUGGUCAAUCACACAUCCACGUGGAGUGAUUGAGAAUGUGUUGGUGAAAGUGGAUAGAUUUAUCUUCCUUGCUGACUUCAUUAUUUUUUAUAUGGAGGAAGAUAAAAAUAUUCCAAUUAUAUUGGGACGAUCAUUUUUAGCUACUGGGAGAGCAUUAAUUGAUGUGCAAAAAGGAGAAUUAAAGUUGUGA